CUGCACCACCUCUCCCUUCUGAGAGAGCCUGGCCACUCUUUAUCAGGCCUUGCCUUCUGCCACCGGGAAGCCAGCUGCAGGACCCCUUUGGAAAUAAAGCCCGUGAGGCAGCACCAGGAGGCUUCAGACGGCGAAGCUUGGCUCUGGCGCACGGGUGGAAAGAACAGGGCUCAGAGGAAGAGAUGGCCUUGGAAGACAGUCCCACCAUGGUUAAAGUAGACCGGGGUGAAAACCAGGUUGCAUCAUGUCGGGGGAGACGCUGUGGAUUCAGAGUGCUUGGCUAUGUCACUGGUGAUAUGAAAGAAUUUGCCAGCUGGCUUAAAGACAAACCCGUGGCACUCCAGUUCGUGGACUGGAUUCUCCGUGGCAUAUCCCAGGUGGUGUUCGUCAGCAACCCCAUCAGCGGAAUCCUGAUUCUGGUGGGACUUCUGGUCCAGAACCCCUGGUGGGCUCUCUGUGGCUGUGUAGGAACUGUGGUCUCCACUCUGACAGCCCUCUUGCUGAGCCAAGACAGGUCAGCGAUAGCAGCCGGGCUCCACGGCUACAACGCCACCCUUGUGGGAAUCCUCAUUGCUGUCUUCUCAGACAAGGGCAACUAUUUCUGGUGGCUGAUAUUCCCUAUAUCUGUAAUGUCUAUGACUUGCCCCCUCUUCUCAAGUGCACUGAACUCCGUGUUCAGCAAAUGGGACCUCCCUGUCUUCACGCUCCCUUUCAACAUGGCGCUAUCGAUGUACCUUUCAGCCACGGGACAUUACAAUGCAUUCUUUCCGAGCAAACUCUUCACACCUGUCACCUCCGUGCCCAAUAUCACAUGGACUGAGCUGAAUGCCCUUGAGUUAUUGAAGUCCCUUCCAGUGGGAGUUGGUCAGAUAUACGGCUGCGAUAACCCAUGGACAGGGGGCAUUUUCCUGUGUGCCAUUCUCCUUUCCUCCCCACUCAUGUGCCUGCAUGCUGCUAUUGGAUCACUGCUGGGUGUCAUCGCAGGACUCAGUCUUGCAGCUCCAUUUGAAGACAUCUAUGCUGGGCUCUGGGGUUUCAACAGUUCUCUGGCCUGCAUUGCAAUUGGAGGCAUGUUCAUGGCACUCACCUGGCAGACCCAUCUCCUGGCUCUCGCUGGUGCCCUGUUUACCGCCUACGUCGGAGCCUGUAUGACACACCUAAUGGCUGUGGUCCAUUUGCCGGCUGGAACUUGGGCCUUCUGUUUGGCCACGCUACCGUUUCUCUUGCUGACCACGAAAAACCCUGACAUCUACAGGAUACCUCUCAGCAAAGUCACCUACUCUGAAGAGAACCGCAUCUUCUACCUACAAAACAAGAAAAGAGUAGCUGAAAGCCCUCUGUGAGGGGGACCCCACAUGAUAGCUGUGGUCACGAGUCAUUUCCAGUGCAGCUCCAGAAGGCUUCCAGACU